AUGCCGACGAACUUCUUUAGCUUGCCCAUUGAGAUCCGCCUCAGAAUUUAUGAAGAACAACUUCUUGCUUCCGAACCCAUCACGUUUGAAGUAGAAAGUGACAAUUCUACCUGGCCUAGAGCCGAGACACUCGUUGCGACCCGAUCCAAGCAUUGCGGAUUUUGUCCAGCGCUUCUACGCGCUAAUAAGAGAAUUCGGCAGGAAGGCAAUACGGUGCUUUACUCCAGAAACUGCUUUGAUGUUCCUGAUCUACGCCGCCCUCUUACUGUAGGGGAGAAGUAUAAGAAGCAUAACAAACUGAAAAAGGUCGUGCAAAUAUCUCACAAAUUUCAUAACCCAUUUUAUUGGAAAUUUGGAACCAGACCAUUCGUCAAGGCGAAGCCUCCAACGCCUCCCAAGCCAACUGUGUUUACCACAUACGAGCCUCUCGACGCUUUUCUUCGCCAAAUCGGAAGUUACAAUGCGAGCUUUCUUAGUCACAUCUGCAUCCCCUUCCUUCGCUUUCAAGACUUCACGAAUGAAAGUCCCAAACUUUCAGAGAAGUUCGUCGAACAGCUAGAACUCAUUCGACAGGAAUGCACAAGUCUCACCACUCUAGAGGUCAAGAUGAAUGCCUUAGAGAAUGUUCCAGGCCUACGACAUGCGCACAAUUCACCAGAUUGCUUUUCGCCCGGAAGCUCCGGACCCCCCCUGAGACUUGCAGUGGCGGUGCUAGAUUUGCUGGAUGCACGCUUCAAGACCAUCUUGUCAUUGAAGGAGGUUGUUAUUGAUAUUCGUGCGCUCAUGGUUGCGUACCAGGGUACUAUUUUGGGUAGAGAGCUGGGGCAGAAGAUGUGUGAUUAUGGAUGGAAGGUUAAGAUUACGAAACUGGAGAGACUGCAGCAUGGGUGGUGUGGGAAUAACUUUUCGGAUGUUGUUGUAGGCGAGCCAGAAGAAUACAGUGUAUCAAAAGAUCUCGAGAAGAACGAGAGAUUAAAAGCCCGUGUAGCUGGCCUGAAUGAUUGA